AGCGUUUACGCAAAAUGCACCGGGUUCUACUGGUCGGUUUGCUUAUAGUUAGCCUCCUAAUCGGUUCGCAAUCGCAACAGUUGUCUAAAGGUAAAUCUAGUAUCGCCAAUACGAUUGUAAACACUCUUGAUGAAAUUAGCAAUCAAAAUGAUAAACUAAAAAUGCUAAUUAGAUCGUUUUUUGACUAUCAGUCGACGUCAACCAAAGCGCCUGAACCAGCGGAGGCAGAGUGCUUGUGUACACCUUUUUAUUUAUGCAAUAAUGGAGAAGUGAACAAAGAUAGGAGUAAAUUGUUUGAACCUAGAUUGGCUCAAAAGUCUGUAAAUCCCUGCAAAACCCUGGGGGAAGUCUGUUGUGAGCCACUUGCCCCUAGUCCUCUAAGGAAGAAAGUGAAGGGAAUACCUUUCAACUUUGCAUGCGGAUUUGGAAGUGAAAUACCAGGAGAUUAUAACAUUUCUGAUCCUACCACAGCAACGUUUGGCGAAUAUCCAUGGACCGCUUUAGUUUUAAAUUUAGAGUAUCAUUAUGAGUGUGUGGGUUCCCUAAUACAUCCCGAAGUGGUUCUCACUACGGCGCACUGUAUCAACGAUUCUGAAAGCUAUAUUGCACUAGUAAAAGAAUGGAAUACUACAGGAAAAACUGAACCCAUAGCCCACCAAAAUAUGCGCGUAAAAUCAAUUGUCAUGCACCCCAAGUUUGUUAUUCAUAAUUUAAUGUACAACGCAGCCUUACUGUUUUUGGAAAAGCCUUUUAAGUUAGACAGAAGGGUGAAUACAGCUUGCUUAGCAGAUUCGUCUACGGUGUCGUAUAAUCAGUUACAGAAAUCUAAAUGUGCAGCUACAGGAUGGGGAAGUGAUGCGCCGAACGGUGUCUACAGGAGGGUAAUGAAAAAAAUCGAAUUCUCGCUUAUUUCAAACCGCCUUUGUCAAAUUCAAUUGAGGAAAACUGGAUUAGGAAAAUGGUUUCAGUUACAUCAAACAUUCCUUUGUGCUACUGGAAAAAACGGAAGUGGCUUGUGUAACGGUGAUGAAGGUGGUCCACUAGUUUGUGAAAUCUCGGGACAACCGCUAAGAUAUCUUCAAGUUGGCAUUACAUCUUUGAGACGUGACUGUGCCCAAAAUCCGUCGGUAUUUACCAAAAUUGCGUCGAUUAAGGAUUGGAUUGAUCAAGAAAUGAGUGCACGUAAUUUAGACACCAGUUACUAUACGCCUAUGUAACACAAUGUAAUUUGACCUUUAACUGUACUUAUUGAAUAAUGUAGCCAGUUUGACGUGACGUUUAAAAUAAUCAGCCCUGUGAUGUAUCAGAAACGCCAAACUUGACAUGCAGGUUAUCUGCCAAAAAACGUUAUUUUGCGUUAUGCAAAAUGACGUCUUUGACCGAUAACCUGCACGUUAAGUUUAACGUUAAUGAUACAUCACAGUGCUGAAUGUGUUCCACUGCAUACUGAAGAAAGGUUAAACCAUUGAAUUAGUGUUUUUAUUCAAUGGUUAAACCUAACAUUAUUUAUAGCAAUACCUUGUAAUCUUUAGCACAGAUACUUUUAUCACGGGAUGUGCAUCGGAAGUGGAAGCUUGUGGUUUGGAAAAACUAUGUCACAAUUCUGAUGGUGUUCCGCUUUAGUAGUUUGUUCGUUUGAAAAUAAAGAAUGCCGUUGAUUAUUUAUUUAUCUAUGUUAAUGUCCUUUUGUAUU